CAGAACAGCACCGUUAAAUCAUGAUUAAAUUGAUUUUCCUCAAGACCAAAAAAAAAGAAAAAAUAUGUGAAUAAUAAGAUUUACACGUCAGGGCUCCUAAUUCAUCUACGUGGCGUUGGAGAAACUGUUUAGAUUUUAUAGUUCGCCUUCUUCCACAGUAAUAGCCAAAAAAAAAAAAAAAGGAACUCCUUUCAUAGACUUGCAGUGGAGGCAAAAUGUAUCGAACGGCGGCGAAGAGGCUCUUCCUCGGCAACGCACUGGGCGGCAAUGGCAACUACCGUCUCCUACGUUCCUCCAAUCUUAAGUCCAAUAUUAUAUCUUCACUCUUUUCCACUACUGUAAACCCUCAAUCGUCGACGUCCACUGAUCUCAAUCCCAACCAACAUGGAACCCCAAAUCCUUCUGAUUCAAUUUCUUCUUCGUCUUCGUCGUCGAAAAGUUGGUCUACAUCAUCGACGGAUGGGGAGUAUCCACGCCAGGAGAGGCAGAGACCGAGAGUUAAUUACCAGGAGGAGGAAGCUCGCGUGCUUCAGGCCUCGCUCCGCCAUGUGUUGAGGUUGGGAUGGAGUGAAGAAGCUAUGAUUGCAGGUGCAAGAGAGAUUGGUGUGUCUCCAUCAAUCGUUGGAUCUUUUCCAAGAAAAGAAGCUGCACUAGUUGAGUUUUUCAUGGAUGACUGCUUACAAAGGCUUAUUGAUAGAAUUGACUUGGGAGAUGAUUUUAAAAACUUGAUUCCAAGCCAGCGAAUAUCCAAUCUCGUCAGGAUUCGCCUAGAAAUGCAAGGCCCAUACAUAUCAAAAUGGCCGCAAGCUCUUAGCAUCCAAGCACAUCCAUUGAAUGUUCCAGCAAGUUUUAAACAGCGGGCAAUGCUGAUUGAUGAGAUUUGGCAUGCUGCUGGUGAUGAUGCUUCUGAUAUAGAUUGGUAUGUGAAGCGGACUGUUCUUGGAGGGAUAUACUCAACAACUGAGAUUUAUAUGCUGACUGAUAGUUCUCCAGAUUUUCGUGACACAUGGGCAUUCUUGGAUGAUCGAGUGAAAGAUGCAUUUGAUCUAAAGAAAUCAAUUCAAGAGGCAAAGUAUUUGGCAGAAGCCGUUGGUGUGGGAAUGGGGAAUUCUUUGCAAGGAUUUGUGAACAAAGUGUUUCAGCGAUGAACAGAUCGUUUCCUUUGCCACAUUUGCCACAUGUCCUACAAUUCAGACUUGGUUCUGUGUCGAGGCGGAAACUGCAGUUUAAUUCAGGGCUGAGCCUUAUGUCUCAUUCAACAUACCCGACCUCUGGCAAUGUAAUUAACUUUCAUGCCCACGUUUUUCUUUUAAUAAUAAGUGAUUGUCGACAUCAUGGUAAGCAACUUUCAUGUAUUUCUUUCUUUAAAAAAUACCAACCAUUUUAAAUAGAUGGAAGGGCAACUCCCAGAGCCACUGUACAAGGCUAUAAAUUUGCUUUUAUUUC